CCGGGUUUGUGAGAGAAUAUAGAAUAGACUCCAUCGUCUUCUCCGGUUCUCAGCGAAGAGGGAACGAGAGAGCGAGCGAGCGCGAGAAAGAGAGAGCGGGAGAAAAUAGUGGUAACAGAGGGAAGGGAGAGCUGGAUAAUUAAUAGUUCAAUCAGUGAUCCGUUAGUGAGGUUGUAUUUUGGAGUUAGAUCUCCUGGUGCUGAAAGCCGCUGCCUCGAUCGCUGCCCGCCUCUUGCUUCUUUGAUUCACGCCGGUGAUGUAAUUCUCGCUUGCUGUUUCGUUUUUGUGGGAAUUAGGGUUUUCCGGAGAUUCGGAGGGCGCAGAAUGAGCAUCAAUAACCCUGGGGAAGAGGAGAGCUAAGGGAUUUGGUUCGGUGGGUCUGAGUCGGGCCCUCGGCUAGGGUUCCGGUUGGAGUUCCAUGGGCGAUGGAGGAGUCACGGUUGCGACCUCACAGCUUGUAUUGGAGAGAUUUCCGGUUUCGGAGGCAAUCUGUGGUGGCAGUAACGGAGCUUUUCUAGCUAAUUCUUUCAAGCAGGAUAAUACGAUGAAGGGAUCCGAGAACGGAGAGGAGCUAGUCAGGAGAGCAGAGCUGGGUUCAGAUAAAGUUGGAAAAUUUAAUGAUUGGUCAAAAGAAUUGGUUCAGGAGAAGCACCGGAAAGGGAGUUGGGAGAAGGAAUCAUCAAGGAAUGGUGAAUUGGAGAGCGAUGACAUUGUCUUGGAGAAGGUGAAGAAAGGGGCAUUGGAAAAGGGGGGGACUUUUUUGGACAAGUCACGGACUGGUGAGGUGGAACUGGGAGAAUUCAUUCCUGAUAGAGGGCAGAAGGGAGAGUGUCUUCCGGAGAGAUUGAGCAAACUGCAUCCAGAGAAGGGAGAGUGUACGGUGGACAGAUGGAAAAAAAGUGGGGAGAAGUCAGAUUCUGGUUCGGGAAGAGGCUGGAAAGGAGAACUGGAGAAGGGAGAGUUUACUGCUGCAAAAUGGCGAAAGGGUGAUCGAGAACUCUCCCCAGAGAAUGGCUACAGGAAAAAAGAUUUGGGGCGUUAUGAGGACCAAAGGAGGAGAGAUUCUUUGGAUGGGGUUGGCUGUGCUCAUGAGCGGAAUUCCAAGAGCUUGAGAGCCGCUGAAGAUGAAUUGGGUCAGCAUAAAGUUGAACUCUUCAAUGGCAAGAAACGUGAUAAGAAGCACCAUUCAGAAAGCUGGUUUCAACGACAUUGCAAGGAAUCUGAAAGUUGUGGAAUUCGCAAGAACUUUGCAGAAUCAAACGGUCAUUCACGGUCCAAGAGCCAAAGAAAUUCAGAGGAGAGUAACAAGUGUCUAUAUCCUGAGAGAGUUCAUGGAAAUGCAUCAUCUUCAUCCUCAAGAGUUCCAUCUUCUAGCCGGAAUUCUUCGCGACGUCACGAUUCAUCUGUGUCAUCCAGGUCAUGCCAUCAUAGGCAUGGUCGCAGCCCUGGACAUACUGCUCGAUCUCCUUAUGAAAAAGUCCGCCAAGUUGGGUACAGGGACAGGACUCCAAUGCGCUGUCGAUCUCCUCGAGAAAAGGGCAGUCACCAUUAUUACAGAGAACGAACUCCUAAUCAUUCAGACAGGUCUCCACAUGAGCGAGCCAGGAAUCAUGAUCACAGGGAUCGCGGUCCAGGUUCAGAAAGGUCUCCUCGUGACCACAGAAGGACAGUAGACCAUCGAGAACAUAGCAAGAAGAAGGGGGACUAUGAUAAGCAGCCAAACGGCAGGCAUGAAGAGAAGGUGGAAUGGAGGGAUAUGCGUAAGAGUAGCUCAAUUAGACUGUCAAAUGAAAGCGGUUAUGCUUCUGAUAGAAGUGCCAAUGAUAGUUCUAGCAAGAAAAAAAUGUUUUUGGAUACAGACAAGGAGUCCCUUGAUCUUCCCCCACCCCCUCCCUUACCACCACCCCCUCCGCCUCCUGCAUUGCCUCCUCCUCUCCCUCCUCAGCCUGAGGUUAAUGGUUCUCCUGAAGUGUUAUCAUCUAUGGAAGAAGAUAUGGACAUUUCUGAUACUCCACCCCAUGCUACUGCAAUGCCUGAUACAUAUGCUGGAAAGUGGUUUUAUCUGGACCAUGUUGGUUUAGAGCGGGGUCCAUCUAAAUUAACUGAUCUGAAGCAGCUCGUUGAAGAAGGGAUUCUCCUUUCGGAUCAUUUAAUAAAGCACUCUGAUAGUGAUCGGUGGGUUACAGUUGAAAACGCCUCUUCCCCUUUGGUGCCUUUGUACUUACCGUCUGUUGUUUCAGAUACUGUAACUCAGAUGGUAAGCCCCCCAGAAGCUCCAGGUAAUUUGCUAAUGGAUUCUGGAGAUUCAAGUAUGGAACUUUCAGACCCUACACCUCUGCAGAAGCUUCAACUGAACGAUAAUAUCAUUUCAUUAGAGACAGUCGAGGAUCUUCAUAUUGAUGAUAGAGUAGAAGCUCUGUUUAAGGGGUACAGUGUUAUAGAUGGAAAGGAAUUAGAGUCUAUUGGAGAGGCUCUGAAUGCAAAUUUUGAGUAUGUGGAGUGGGAGAAUUGGAGUCAGUCUGAAGGUUUUACAAGAUUCCAGCUUCGUAGUUAUGAACUAUUUGCGCAUCAACCGGAUGAAGGAAUCGGUAGAAAUAAUGAGAGGUUAUCAAGGGAAGCGGUUGAAAUCAGAUCAGGUUCAGUAUUUGAGGAGCAGUUCAAUCUCAAUGGUUGUUCUGAUGAUUGGUUUGCUGGUAGAUGGUCUUGCAAGGGUGGUGACUGGAAGAGAAAUGAUGAAACUGGUUCUAAAAAGAAGCUUGUCCUUAAUCAAGGCUAUCCUCUAUGCGAGAUGCCAAAAUGUGGCCAUGAGGAUCCUCGAUGGUAUAGACGUGAUGAUCUUUACCACCCUUCACGUGUCAAGAAGCUUGAUUUACCAACUUGGGCUUUUUCAUUCUUAGAAGAUAAUGGUGAUGGAAGCAACGAUACAAAGAACAUAUCAAUCAGAACAGGCCCGGUUAAAGCUCUAGUUCCUAGGGGAGUGAAAGGAGCAAUUCAGCCUGUCGUUAGGAUAAACGCCCGUGUAGUGAAAGACCAUGAUUCAUUUGAACCUCAUAUCAAAUUAAGGGAUAGUGAGCGGCAAGCUUCGAGAUCAACAUGGUCUCAUUCAGCAAGCAGUGACAGAAACUUGUGUCAUGAAGGUCCUUCACGUUCUAGGAGAACUCGUGAACUUGACUCACAAAGUUUGAACAAGUGUAGGACUGUUUUUAAUAUUCCCAGGGAUCAUGUCUGUACAGUUCAUGAGCUGUCUCUUAAUCUAGGCAAAUGGUACUAUUUGGAUGGUGCUGGUCGUGAGCAUGGUCCUUUUUGUUUUGAAGAAUUGAAGGAUUUAAUCUCAAAAGGCAAAAUCUUGGAGAAUACUAGUGUGUUCCGGAAGCUUGACAAUACAUGGGUUCCACUUAAUAAAAAUGUAGUGGAUUUUGAAGCUGCUGAUUCUGGAGAGGAAAGAGUUGUGGGAACAGAUGAUUCUAAUUCUGCCCAUGAACGGAUUCCUUCAAGCCAUAGUGGUACUCCGAGUACUGUUAAUUCAUUUCACGGCACACAUCCACAGUUCAUAGGUUACAUGCGCGGUAAGCUUCAUGAACUUGUUAUGAAAUCUUACAAGAACAGAGAAUUUGCCGCAGCUAUAAAUGAGGUUUUAGAUCCCUGGAUUAGUGCAAAGCAACCAAAGAAGGAAUUGGAUAGGCACUUUCCUUUCAAUUCUUCCAUCACCAGAAAAUCUGCUAUUCUAGUUCAUGAAUUUUCAGCAGAUAAGCUGUGGAAAUCAGAGGAACGCCCUGGAAAAAGAGCGCGGUUGCUGGUAGAUGUGAGUGAUGAAUACUUCGAAACAGAAGAGGAUCUAUUUGACCAAAAGAAUGAGGGUUCUUUCGAAGAAUUGUGUGGUGUAGCUGUUUUUGCUGAUGAUAACAGUAAAAAUUUCACCAAGGAUGAUGAGAGCUGGGGUUUACUUAAUGGUCAAAUAUUAGCGAGAGUUUUCCAUUUCUUAAAGUCCGACAUGAAGGCACUUGCUUCUUCUGCUGCUACCUGUAAACGCUGGAAUGCAGCUGUCAAGUUCUACAAGCAUAUCUGUAGACAUGUUGAUGUGUCAUCAUUUGGUGCAAGUUGCUCAGAUGCUAUGUUUCGGAGUAUUAUGAAUGGUUAUGACAAGAAAAACUUGACAAUUGUUGUUUUAACGGGUUGCACAAAUGUUAGCGCUGGCUUACUCGAGGAAGUCCUGCAGCUUUUUCCAAGCAUUUCUUCUGUUUUCACUGAAGGAUGCAAUCAAUUCAAUGAGCUUAAAACUAAAUUUCAGAAUAUAAGUUGGCUAAUGAAUAAUAGGUUACUGAAGAAUCAUGAGGAUUCUCAUUCGAAGAUAAAAAGUCUUAAACAGAUAAAUGACAAGAAUUAUCCUGUUUCUAAAGGAUUUAGAGGAAGUUAUUUCGACAAUUCUUUUGAGUCAGGGGAUUUUGGCAGUUUUGACUCCACUAUGGCGGACAUGAAUUCUGGUCAUGUAUUCCGACAUGGUUUUUAUAAGAGAGCUAAGCUGUUUGAUGGUCGAAAGUCCUCAUCAAUUUUGUCUAGAGAUGCACAAAUGAGGCACUGGAUGCGCAGGAAAACUGAGACUGGAUACAGGAAAUUGGAAGAAUAUGUGAAGUUCAGUUUGAAGAACAUCAUGAAAGGAAAUUCUUCUGAAUUUUUUAUACCCAAAGUUACUGAAAUUGAGGAUAGGAUGAGAAGGGGCUACUAUGUUCGUCGUGGUUUUGGUUCUCUCAAAGAUGACAUCAGCCGAAUGUGCCGAGAUGCUUUGAAAGCAAAAAAUCGUGGAGAUUGUAAAGAGAUGAAACAUAUUAUCUUGUUACUAAUCCAAUUGGCAAGAAGUUUGGAGCGCAACCCAAGGUUGAUUAAUGAAAAAGAUGAAGCUGUAAAGUCAUUUAAAGAUGGUUCAGAGGCAGGAUUGUAUUUGUUAGCGUCUAAGCAUAAAAAGAUCCAAAAUAAAGUGAUGAUUGAAAGGAAAGGUUCCUCUAAAAGUAAUAGCCUAUCUUAUGCUAAUGGAGGAAUAGAUUCUGGGGCAUUUGAUCGCGAAAUAAAAAGAAGCCUGUCUAAAUUGAAGAAAAAAAAUAUGAAUUCUGAUAGUGAAACAUCUGAUGAACAUGAAAAUGAUUAUUCUGAAGAUGAUGAUAGAGGUGAAGAUGAGAGCACAGCUUCAGAUACUGAAAGUGAUUUGGAUUUGCAUGCUUCUGAUGGAAAUGGGAUUGUUAAAGGGAGUGAGUAUUUCAUGAUAGACGAAACCUUUGAUACAAUUACUGAUGACCGUGAAUGGGGUGCACGAAUGACUAAAGCAAGUCUAGUUCCUCCAGUCACAAGGAAGUAUGAAGUCAUCGACAAAUAUCUUGUCAUAGCAGAUGAAGAAGAAGUGAGAAGGAAAAUGCGGGUUUCUUUACCUGAUAGUUAUCCCGAAAAGCUGCUUGCUCAAAAAAGUGGUAUUGAGGAAUCAGAUUUGGAAAUCCCCGAGGUAAAAGAAUAUAAGCCCAGAAAACUGCUUGGUGUUGAAGUCUUGGAGCAAGAAGUAUAUGGCAUUGAUCCAUAUACAUAUAACCUUCUACUAGACUCCAUACCUGAUGAGCUUGACUGGCCACUCUUAGAUAAACAUAGAUUCAUUGAGGAGGUACUUUUACGUGCUUUGAACAAACAAGUCAGGCACUUCACUGGCUCUGGGAAUACGCCCAUGAUCUAUCAUCUAAAGCCUGUUAUUGAAGAAAUCCAGACAAUUGCUGAGGAGGAAGGUGAUAAACGACUCAUGAAAUUGUGCAAUGCCAUCUUAAAGGCCAUUCAUAGCCGUCCUGUUGAUAAUUAUGUUGCUUAUAGGAAGGGUCUUGGUGUGGUCUGUAACAAAGAGGAAGGAUUCAGUGAAGAUGAUUUUGUCGUGGAGUUCUUGGGCGAGGUAUAUCCAUCUUGGAAAUGGUUUGAAAAGCAGGAUGGAAUCAGGUCUUUGCAGAAGAACAAUCAAGAACCAGCACCCGAGUUCUAUAACAUUUAUUUGGAGAGGCCAAAGGGUGACCGUGAUGGAUAUGAUUUGGUGGUUGUUGAUGCUAUGCACAAAGCAAACUAUGCUAGUCGAAUAUGUCACUCUUGCCGUCCAAAUUGUGAAGCAAAAGUUACAGCUGUUGAUGGUCAGUACCAGAUUGGAAUCUAUUCUUUGCGGCCAAUUGCUUAUGGCGAGGAGAUUACUUUUGACUAUAACUCUAUAACCGAGAGCAAGGAAGAAUAUGAAGCAUCAGUUUGUUUGUGUGGUAACCAUGUUUGCAGAGGCAGCUAUCUGAAUCUGGCUGGUGAAGGGGCCUUUGAGAAGGUAUUAAUGGCUUGCCAUGGGGUACUAGACCGGCACAAAUUGAUUUUGGAGGCCUGUGAAGCCAAUUCUGUAUCUCAAGAAGACUAUAUUGAAUUUGGGAGAGCUGGUGUGGGAACUUGUUUACUCGAGGGGCUACCAGAUUGGCUUGUUUCCUAUUCGGCUCAUUUGCUGAGGUUUAUAAACUUUGAAAGAACUAAACUUCCUGAUGAGAUUCUCAAGCACAAUGUUGAAGAGAAGAAAAAGUUCUUUCCUGAAAUCUGUCUUGAGGUUGAAAAAAAUGAUGCUUUGGUUCAGGCUGAAGGUGUUUAUAAUGCAAGACUCCAAAAUAUGGCGAUUACAUUAGACAAGUUAAGAUAUGUCAUGAGACGUGCAUUUGGGGACCCUAAAAAAGCCCCACCUCCCAUACAGAAGCUUGGACCUGAAGCUUUUGUGUCUAUCCUGUGGAAAGGGGAGGGCUCUCUAGUUGAGGAGCUACUCCAAUCCAUGGCUCCUCAUAUGGAACCAGAGCUGUUGAAUGAUUUGAAAUCCAAGAUUCAAACUCAUGAUCCAUCAGGUUCUGAUAACAUACAGAGAGAACUUCGCAGAUCAUUGCUAUGGUUAAGGGAUGAAUUGAGGAACCUUCCUUGCACGCCUAAGUGUAGGCAUGACGCUGCUGCAGACCUAAUUCACAUGUAUGCUUACACAAAGUGUUUUUUCAAAAUCAAGGAAUAUAAAUGUGUGACAUCUUCUCCAGUUUACAUAAGCCCUCUUGACCUCGGUCCCAAGUAUGCUAACAAGAUGGGCUCAGGUUUUCAGGAGUAUUGCAAGACAUAUGGUGAGAAUUACUGUUUAGGUCAGCUAAUCUAUUGGCACAGUUCGAACAAUGCUGAUCCAGAUUGUAGAUUGGCGAGAGCUAGGAGAGGUUGUUUGUCUCUACCUGAUAUUUCAUCCUUCUAUGGGAAAUCUCAUAAACCUGUUCAUGAACGAGUCUAUGACUCAAGGACAGUGAGGUUUAUGCUAUCCAGAAUGGAGAAGCAGCCGCAGAGAUCAUGGCCAAAGGAUCGAAUAUGGGUGUUCAAAAGCAACCCAGAAUUUUUUGGGAGUCCAAUGUUGGACGCCGUGUUGAAUAAAUGCCCGUUGGAUAAAGAAAUGGUGCAAUGGUUAAAGAGUAGGCCAAAUGUGUACCAAGGUACGUGAGAUUGGAUUAGGGGAUGAGAAGUUGAGUCAUAUAUAAUACUUCUGUGGUUAGCCAGUUUAUAAAAAGAGAAGUGAGAGUCACUUUCUUUGCCUCCGCAGAGCUCUCCUCUUUCCAGAUUUGGGAAUUGGUGAUUGUUUAGGAACUCAGUUCCUUCCCUUGUACAGACAGAGUUCCCUCAUGUAAUUUGUAUUUCAUUAUUUACAAGUAGAUCAGUCAUUUAAGCUUAGCAGGUUAGAUCAAUUUUUCUCUUAACUCCUCCCCCUUGGGUUGCUCUUUUCAAAGCUUUUCUAGUAAAGUGUUGUGAGCUUGCAUUUGUACAAAUCUUUUGAUUCUUUUUUAGGGUGGCUGCAGAUUUUGUUUUCUUCCUCAUUUUGUCUCCUGUAAAUUGGACCACUGAGGGUCGCCAUUUAAGCUUUUUGCACUCUUCUCCUGUUU